CAGGGCGGCCCAAAGUGGUUGGGAGCAGCAUCGUGUAUUCGUGUUCCUCGUCCGCAAUCUCUCGCUCGCCUCAGUUCCGCCUCCCCUGACUCACUAGGAGUCUAGGACUGGCUGGGGAUUCGCUGAUCAGAUGCGGUGUGCGGGGCCUUGCUCAGCGGCGGGGCUGGGAGGUCCGAGCGGAGUAGACGUCGAUGGCAUGGCGGUUCCUCCGCACAAUCCGUUUCCGGUAUCUGAGGCGAGAUUCCAAGAUUGGAGGCCGAGGGUUCACCAAUAAUGCCCCGGAGCUGAGUACCAACAAAGGGAGUUUGUUGAGGGAUGGAAGCAGCCGCGUCGUGGAGAAGCGGAAUUCAAUCUUUGCUUGCGCUCCAGAGGAUGCUGGCUUCAAUUUGGAACAGAAAACUGGAAAAACGUUCCAAGGUGAUGCCCAUUCUGCACUAAAAUCGUGCUCUGGUAUUGGGAGUCUAGUUAUAGCCAAGUGCUCUCACAUAUUUGAGAGAAAUGGGGACACCUUUGAUGGAAAGUGCAGCUUGCAAGAUGCUCUUAAGCCUGGUUUAUGGCUCUCACCGGAGACUCUCCGCCGGUUUUGGCGUGUCUCUGAGCUGAAGCCUAAGGAUUUUCUUGACAUUUUGAUUGGUUUUGGACCCACUGCAGCAGAAGUGAGAAAUGCAAGAUUUCUAUGGAAUUUGUACAGGUGGGCAUCACAGCAGAGCAAGGAGUUCCAGCAUCUGCCAAGGUCAAAUGAGACGAUGGUAUCCAUGCUUGCAGAUGCUGAUAUGCUCAGUCAAGCUGAAUCGCUACUGCUCUCAUUGGUUGAUCAUAUGGCUCCGGCUGUUUCGAGUGAACUAUUCAGUCAGAUUAUCCAGGCAUAUUCAGAAGCACGCAAUCUUGAGAAAUCAGUUGGACUUUAUGAUUAUGCAAGGAGCAAGCAUUUGAUUCCUUCAGUUUCAUGCUAUCAAGCACUUCUUCAUUUUCUAACCAGAAACAGGAAGGAUGAAUUGAUUUUAAGAGUAUAUUUGGACAUGCUUGAAGUUGGAUUCGGUUCUUGCACCAAAGGAGAUAUUCUUGAUUCUGUUGUCAUGGCUUUAAUCAAGAAAGGUAAACCUUUGCAAGCUCUUGGUAUUCUUCGGCAAUUAAAGAGUUUGGGUCUUAAAUUAAGCAAGGGAGCCUUGUCAAAUAUAGUUGAAGAAUUUAACAAGAAAAAGGAUAUUGGGGAUAUGAUGAAUUUCUUGGAAGAGUGGAGGUGUCUACCGGAGUUGCGUCUUUGCAACAGAAUACUUGCGUCUUCGUGCACAAAUCUUGGUACUGAUCAGGCAUGGCUAGUCUUCCAAAGGUUGGAGGCCUUAGGGUUUGCUCCAGAUGCUACGACUUUUGGAAUUUUCAUUUUUCAUAGCUGUAGAGAAAUGAAACUGAAAUCUGCACUUGUAUAUUUAUCAGAGUGCUUCGCUAGGCAUGUCGAACCUAGAGUGUGUGCUUAUAAUGCUAUUUUAGGUGGUGUUUUCAGGGAGGGACUAUAUAGACAUGCAAAGUAUGUCUUCGAAGACAUGGUUGAAAGAGAAGUAACACCCAAUCUUUCAACAUAUCAGAUAAUUCUUGCAGGGUAUUGCAGGUAUAGGCAGUUUGAUGAUAUUGAACAAGUCUUGAGGGAUAUGAAAACUAAUGUUGUAAAUGUUCUUCCCUCUGGAAACUGUGCACUCUCCAAGGCCUUAUCAUUCUUGGGGCUAGAUCACCUAAGGGUGAAAAUCAAGAGAGAUAAUGCCACUGGUUUCCCAAAAGCCGAGUUUUUUGAUUCAGUUGGCAAUGGACUGUAUUUGGACACUGAUUCCAAAAUGUUUGAGAUUUCAUUGGCACAGAUUUUGGAUAGUGCACUUCACCCAGAUAUUAACUCAGAGCUAGUCAGGGCAUCUCAGCGAGGCGAUGUUACAAGUGCUCUUCUUGUGAAAGAUGAAGCUUUUCAAUGGGGAUAUGACAUUUCACCAGCUAGCUGGUCUGAGCUAUUCAAGGCCUUAUGUGUGAGCCGUAAUGUAAUAGAUGUCAUUGACCUUAUGGAGGAGAUGCCAGAUAUAUUUUACAAACUUGAUGCUCAAAAUCUAGAUUUGGUCGCCCAAACAUUGAGUAGCAAUGGGAUGUCUGCUCAUGCAAAACUGGUUUUAGAAAAAAUGUUGAGAGAAGACUUGUCAAUCAGUCACAAUACAUAUACUUCUUUAAUGAUAGGCUUAUGCGAAGAAAGGAACAUAGCAGGGUUUUGGGAAUGUUGGAAUCUUGCAACGAAGUACAGAUGGUCACCUGAUUGCAAGGAUAUGAUGGACCUCAUCAGUUACUUGUGCAAAUGGGGAGUGAUUGAGGAAGCCCUGAAACUUAUGAACCUUUUAUUUGACUGCUAUCAUGAUCUGUUUUUCAGUGCAUAUUGUGUACUUCUCAAAGAGUUGUGCAGGACAGGUCAUACCAGCAUUGGAUGUGCAAUGUUGGAGGCUCUCAAAGAAAAGGGUGUGGCUGUGGAUCGAUCAUUAUUCUUUUAUGUGAUGGAGGGCUUCCUAAAGGAGCAGAAGACUGCUGAAUCAAUUGGAAUGCAUGACAUGUGGCUUAGCAAAAGCAAAGAACUAGAUGCAUUUUCUUACCGAUCUGUGUUGCCUUCAUUACCAUGGCUGGAUGCAGAUCGAGCCAAGAACUUGGUAGAGUCUAUGCUGACCAUGAAACUUACUGAAUUCCCAUAUUGUGGUUGCAUCGUGAAGGAAUUAAUGCAAACAAGGAAUAUAAAGUGGGCCAUGCCAGUCUUGCAAGAAUCAAGUCCUGGGAAGCUCAGUGCCACUUUGUUAAAUUCCUUACUUCAAGUCUAUGGUUGGCUAAAAAAUUGGAGAAAGUUAGAUGCAGUUCUUUGCAAGAUGCUAAAGAUGCAUGACACCCUUUCUAUAUCUAGCUACCGCUUUCUUGUGUGCAGAAUGUGUGAGCAAAGUCGGUUUUCUAGUGCUUCAAGCCUUAGAGCACUGUUCCAAUAUGCUGACAAGUCAAGAGAACUAAUUGCAUGCAACAUUCUAAUAUUUUAUCUUUUUCAAAGAAGAAACAGCUCACAGAUUCAUGAUUUGCUGAAGGACAUGACAGGUAAUGGUAUUUGUCUCGACAAAACCACCUAUGACUUCCUUGUCUAUGGAUUUCACAAAUCCGGGGAUACCAAUGAUUCAGUUAAUGCGCUUGAUGCCUGUAUUGCUCAGGGACUAAAACCAAGCAACCGCAGUCUCAGAAUUGUGUUAAGUCAUUACUGCAGGCUAGGAAACCUUGAGAAAUCACUAGCAUUAUUUCACUUGAUUGAGCGCAAUGGAUGGAGGCAUGGUUUAAUCAUUAAGACCACCCUCACUUCAUGUCUCCUUUCAUUUGGGAGACAAUUGGAAGCAAAAUCAUGUCUGAACAAUCUGAGCAAAAGUGAGUUUAUCGGAUGUUCAAGCAAUUUUGAUGAUCUCAUCAAGGAAUUCUGCAUACUAGGAGAUUUGAAAAUGUCUCUUUAUCUGCUAAAUACAAUGUUAAAGAAAGGCAGACUUCCUAAUGAAGCCAGUUACAGUUCUGUUAUAUAUAAACUCUGUAUGUUGAAAGAGUUUGAUCAGGCACUUGAUUUUCUGGCUGAAAUGCAGUUUGCAAGUCUAAAACCAAGUGAGAUCUCCUGUGAUGCACUUGUACGUGGCCUUUGUGCCAUGGGAAGAACUUUUGAUGCUAGGAAGGUUUUGGAAAUGCUAACCACCUUGGGAUCUGCACCAUCCUAUGGCAUGUAUAAAGUUGUUUUUGAUAACUAUUGCAGAAGUAGCCAUCUACAGAAAGCUGCGGUACUUCUGCAUGACAUGCAACAAGCAGGACAAGUGCCCAACUUUGAGAUGCAUUGGUCUAUCAUAAGCAAUUUCAGCAGUACCAAUGAGAAAACUGAAGGACAUGGAGAACCCAUUUUGAAAAACCUUUUUCUUUCCGCAAAUCCCCCAUAAAGGUCAAAAGGCGAUAUAUGAUUUCCAGAAAAUGGUGAACUGAUGAUUGUUGUCAAGUUGAACCCUAGUGGAACUGGUAAAACUCAGUGAAACCAAGGUUAUGCAACACUGGGACUAGAACUUUGUACUCUAGGAUCGAUGGUUCACAGAAAUGUGGGAAUAUGUAGGAAAAACUAUGCAUCUUUGAUUUAAGUAGCAAAAGAGGGAGCUUGAACUCAUUACCUGAUCCAUCACAACUUUCUUCUCUGCAAUUUGACUACAGGUUGUGCCCCUGCUAAAGGGAUCAUGCACAGGUUAGCAGCUGUGAGUGAGAGACAACCAUACCACCUCUUCAUCACAAUUGUGAUUUGUGAGCUGAAGCUACAAAUACGACCUUCGGCGCCUCUGUAAAAGCGGAACAAUGGCAAGACACAGACAUGGAGCCUCUUACAGAUAUGUGUCUGUUCAUUACAGUUGACCAUAAGAAAUUGCAGUCCUGGAUGCAUCUCGGCAAACUGAUGUACCUUUUUGGAAAUUUGACGAAAAGAGUGUAGGGCCUUGCAAGCUCCACAGCUAGGUGAAAAGAAGUGCACCACUGUGAAUUUAUCUCUGGCCAUCAGAAGCUGUUCAUCAAAAUCGUCCUGUGAUUUGAUAUUUAUCACGUUGUCCUUCAUGUCUAUCUCCCACCACUUUGUUGUCAUACGGAGGUAACAUAAGGGCAUAGAUCAUAUAUAACAAUUAGUUCCUUAGCUAUAAGGAAAUUACCUUCUUGGGAUCUUUUGGUACAGCUCGGGUGAUCUGCCAACCAGUCAGAGCAACCUUUUCUCUGGGCAAGAACUGCUUCCCCUUGAUCACAUUGUGGUUCCAAGUCAAUACCUUGAAGCAAUCAUCAGAUCUGUUGCUCAUGUCAUGACGGGAUGAACCGCUAACAACCCAAUGGUUUGUCAAAGCUGAAGCCAUUGACAUCAUUGAACUAAAACAGAAAGGAACAUUUAACAAGUCAGCACCUUAAUGAAAAAAUGCUACAGAAAAGGGCGCAUUUAAAAAGCACAACAUGCCUCAAACUAACUGGACAGGCUCUAACAAGAUCUGGAAUUGUUGUGAUGGUGAAAUGGGAUGGCCCAUGCUGAGGUAUUUAUAGCUGAAGAAAAUUUUCUUUCAGAAGGAAAGUAUGCCUCAUCAUCCUUUCGUUUUAAUGUUUAUCAUUCUAAAGAGUGGUUCUUUUGCUUGUCGAAAUGCGCAUAGGUACAAUCAGAAGAAGUGUUGUUUCUUGUGGUCAUUUUUGUCUUUGUUAGGGGCUUUGUUUCUUCUGUUACAUAUCUCCAAGCUUUAGCUUUGGUGCUUGUUACACCCUCUGCCAACUUUUAUCUGAGGCGGCACGGCAAUGCUCCAGAAUGGAGAAGCUGAUGUGUAUUUGGAUAAAAAGAUGACCUUUUUAUGAACAAUACUCAUCUCUUUGGUGUCAAUCUUCAUGCAUUGUGGAUAUAUGACUGACAGUCAUAUCUAUAUCUAAAUGUGCUCUACUGGAAUAUUGGAUUUCUUGCUUAAGUAUAAAUAACUAAUUAAGGAAGUGUAUUGUGGGUGAAUUCCCUCCCACAGGAGUCGAAACCAAAUGUUAGAGGGGCCACUAGUCGUAACCCUAGACUAUGAGCCUUUUUUCAAAGUUUCGCAAUCUGAUAGUGGCAAUUAUUUGAAUCCCUUGAAAUGAUGCUUUGCAAGUUAAGUGGUAUACUCAGCAAUUUAGUAAUAACCUUAACGAGUAAAUAGCUAUCGCAUAAACUAAAGCAAUAAUUCCUUCUCUUGCACGAGAUAAUCAUUUAUGCCGUUGUAUCGCCUGAUUUUUGUCACUCCCUUAAGACGACGCAGAACUCCAUCCAAAAUCCAAACGCAUAGAUCCUGCACAAACUUUUCUAAUGCUUUGCUGCUACAUCAGAAGGCCUAUGAUCAUGCCACAUUACCCAGCUCAUAGUUCUGUGGUUGAGUUCAUGCAGGAUUGCAGCCACCCAGACCACCUAGAAAGCAGUACAGGUUUGCAAAUAUCACCAUCACGUUUGAGCUAGUUCUUGAACGCCUCUUUUAUGUGCUUGGCUUGACUGUUAACAGCAACAUGCAUCAGAUCAUAUACAGUGGAAUGUAACUGGUUUUCGUAGUAUGGUGUACAAUAUUCCCAAGAUCAAUGAUUUCUGGCUGCGUAGGUUAAAGUGUGUUUUCCUUGCAUGAUUAUUGUGGCUACAUAGAUCAUGGAUUUAAUAUUGAAAAACAAGGAUAGCUGAAUGCACAUGUAUUAAUCAGACUUACAUGCCCUUCUAGUUGGAUAAAUCUGAAAGAAUUCAGCAAUGUCUCAAAAACGAUUGGACACAACGAGUGAUACUGGGCAUUUAUCUCUUCAUUGACAAAAGAGCAGGACGAGGUGUUCAAUUUAUUUCCCUGUAGCUGGAAGCUUGAUAGACAGAUGAAAAACUUUUUAAAUACAGAAUGCAAUUAGAACAGUCUACAAGAUUGUA